CCCUUGGGUGUCAGCUGAUGAGGGAACGGCAGGCCACAGGACUCCUGCCUGCCCGUCUGUCUGUGCUCAAUCAGUAGUUACCCCUGUUCACAGAUAAAGAAGGAAGCAGGUGGGUGCAGCUGAACCUGUUUUUCUCCUCUCUUUUCACCCUUACUCGCCACACUGGAGGGAACGAGGAGUGAGGCUGUGUUUGUUUCGGGAACUAAUAUUGAAAGUGGCUUCAAGAUAUUUUCUACCUGAAACAGGAACCCGUCACUACUGAAUGCAACAUGGGGUCUGACGAGUCGUACAAUUUUGUCUUCAAGGUGGUGUUGAUAGGGGAGUCUGGCGUAGGAAAGAGCAACCUUCUGGGUCGCUUCACUAAGAACGAGUUCAAUCACGACAGUCGCACCACCAUUGGCGUCGAGUUCAGCACGCGGACUGUUCAGCUGGACAACUUCACCAUCAAAGCCCAAAUCUGGGACACAGCGGGGCUGGAGCGCUACAGGGCUAUCACCUCAGCGUAUUACAGGGGAGCAGUUGGAGCACUUUUGGUCUACGACAUCAGCAAGCAUCUGACCUAUGAGAGCGCAGAGCGAUGGUUGAAGGAGCUGUACGACCAUGCAGAUCCUCACAUCGUGGUCAUGCUGGUGGGAAACAAGAGCGACCUGGAGACAAUCAGGACUGUGCCCAUGGAGGAGGCCAAGGACUUUGCAGAGAAGAAGGGUCUCAUGUAUAUGGAGACAUCAGCGUUGGACUCCACCAAUGUAGAAGCUGCUUUCAGUGAAGUCCUCACAGCCAUCCACAAGAAGGUGGCCAGCAGGGAGGUGACCCGUGGCUCCAUCAGCGCUGUAACCCUGACCAACUCCAUCAGACCCAGCAGUGAGGCGCAAGAGGAGCGCAGAGGCUGCUGCAAGAACUCCUAACAGACUGCCCUGUCCACGUUGAUCCACCUUGACUGUCGUUCAAGCUUAAGCAUGACAUCAUUCACUCCCAAUUUUGAAGAGCGAGUUACCUGCUUCACACUAGAGCAGUUAAUGUACAGACCUCUUUAAAUAUAAAAGCUGUAUAGUAUAUAACUCAAUAACAAAAUAUUUUAUACAUUUUACUUUUUGUGGUGGCGAAUGGGUGCUUUUUUACUAUAGAUAGCUGUGCAUUUAUUUUCCUUUAUAUUCAUGUUUUUAAAGAGCCGUUGUAAAUUGGACUGCUUUCAUAAAGGAAUGCACUGGGAUUCAUUUGGAAUAAAUUAUUUAUGUUAUUCUGUCUGCAUGUAA